UACAUUUUAACUUUCAAAUGUGAAAGAAGAACUAAACAGGCUGAAAGAAAGUUGAGAUGUAAAGUUUAAAAAAAAGGACUUAAAUUUUGAUCUGUUUCUCACCCACACCUAUUAUAUCCCUUCUGAAGAUGUGAAUUUAAUCACUGGAUUACUUUUAUGUUUCCUUUAUGUGAUUUUUGGAGCUACAAAUGUCUUAUCACCAUUCACUUGUAUUGUAUGGACCUACAGAGCUACAAUAUCCUUCUAAAAAUCUUCAUUUGUGUUCAGCUGAAGAAAUAAAGUCACAUCUGGGAUGGCAUGAGCGUGAGUAAUUAAUUAGAGAAUUUUAAUUUUGGGGUGAACUAUCUCUUUAACACAGGGAUUUUUUAUGUUUGUUUUAAUUGAUAGUGUACAUUUAAUACAUUUAUUACUGGCAUUGUUUGUUAUUUUAUAGGCUUUUAGCUGAGCCAUGUGAAUUGUUAAAGGAACUAAACUUGUCUUUUCUUUCUUCCAGAAAGACUGAGAAUAUAAUAAUUAAUGUGAAUAAAGUGAGAGAACAGUUUCCUUUGGUGCAUGCCCCGUUCUAAGGUUCAGCGCUCAGAUCCUGCCGGUAGAUGAUGACAGCGGGGAGAAGAGCUUACCCCUUACAGCAGGAUGGAACCUACAAUUGUGGUGGUGGAGGGUGAAAACGUGAUGUUUUAUAAUGAAGUGAUGAGGGAAAGCUGUGCAGUUUAUGAAGCAUAGACUGGAUUUUUGAUUGGAUGAGAUGCUUAAAUUGAAUGAAUGAUGUGAAACUUACUGCUAGUCUUCCUGGCAGAACUUAGACUUCCAUAUCUUGAGUGGCCACUGAUAUGGCUGGAGUCUUCAUCUCAUGUUAGAGUAUGUCCUCUAAAACAUAUUUGGCAUAGGUCUGAAAAGGCAUUUAUCUGUGUGUAUAGCAUAAAUAAAGGCAUAUCAUAUCACUAAAUUUACUCAUUGUUAAUACUAAUCAGAUUACAGGCACUCAAACAGAAAAACAACACAUUUCCAAUCACCAGAUCAAUGAACUUAAUGCAUAUAUUUUCAUCCAGGCAUAUAUGAGCAGGGCAGGAUACACAUAUAAUCCUCAGACACAUGACAUGGCCUUUGCUAAUCAAUGCUGUGGUACUCCUUCCUCUCUGACCCCACAUGACAAGAGCUCUGCUGCUGCAUUAUACAUGUACAUCAGAGCCCCAGUAUAAAGCCCCUUAUCCCAGCACAUCUCUGUCUCUUCACUGACAGAAGAAGAACACCGGUCAACAUGCAUACAAGAACCUGGCUGCUGACUCUCACGCUGACCCUCGGCAUCUCUUUGGUUGCAACUGCAGACCCGCUCCACGCUCAGUGCAAGGUCAUAUGGCUGUUUGGGAUCCCAUGCCGGGAUGUUUUUAUUGCUCUGGUGAAUCAGAUCAAGGCCUGGAGAGGUGUGUCCGGCUGCAUCAAUGGUGGAGAGAGAUGCUUGUAUGAGCUGGUUUCUGCCACACCCUUCCUCAUCACAGCCAAACACACCUUGAGACAGUCGAAGCGUGUGGAGGAUCUGAGCUUUCAGCUUGUGCCCACUGAAGCAUAUUCAGUCUGCAGAGUCACGGGACUUUCUCUUUCUGAAACAUGGGCCAUACUGGCAGACAAUGGCACAAACUACUGUACCCUCUACAACCUGAUUGCGGGUAGCGGGCUGGUGGAUGUUGCCGGUUAUAAGGAGUACACAAAUGAAUGGAUUUGUCUGGAGCACUGGACUGCCAACUGCACUAUCUACUGAUGACAUCUGUUGACAUUUGAUAAGGAAUAGUUCACCCAAAAAUGAAAUUCUGUCAUUUUUGACUCAUCCUCAUGUCGUUCCAAACCCAUUUUACCCUUUUUUUGCAGAACACAAAAGGAGAUAUUUUAAAGAAUGUCGCAAUCACUCGUUUCCAUACAAUAGCAGUUGAUGGUGACUUAAUUUAAAGCUUAAAAAAGCACCCAAAUGGAUCAUGACCAUAGUCCAUGCAACUUGUUCGUCAUAUUCCAAGUCUUCUGAAGGCAUACGAUGACUUUGUAUGAUGAACAGUCUGCAAUUUAACACAUUAUUCACUCUCAAAUCAAAUCAAGUUAAAUCAAAUUGUUGAUCAACUGUUACAAACAGGGCCCAAAUGAAAUCUGGCAAUAAAUCAAUAACAUCAAUCCUCAUUGGUUCUUGUGUCGUGACGUCAUUGAGGUUUGAUGUUAUCAAUAAUGCCAGGCUUUCCAUUUUUGGGUGAACUAUUCCUUUGAUAUAGUUCUUAGAUAUAGUUUGACAUAAUUUACUGAAAAGCCCAUGGAGCAUCUAUGAACUUCCUUCAGUACACAUUUGCCAAGAGUGAUUUUAGAUUGUAUUUCUGCAGGCACUGAUAGUUUACUUUUAUGUAGUAAUUCAUUAAUGGUUGGCAAAAUCACAAUGUUCAAAACCAACAUGUAUUUUAGAUGAAAUGGGAAAAAAUAAACAGUUA